GUUGUAAACAAACGGCAAUUGUUGUGAAGUAUUGGCGCUAAACGUAUGCAUCGAUUGUCUACUCAUUUGUCAUUUGAUUCACAGAUAAUCAGUGAACUGCUGGUCAAUAGCACCGACAAUGCCGCGAGAAAUGAUAACAUUGCAACUGGGUCAGUGUGGCAACCAGAUCGGCUUCGAGUUCUGGAAGAAGUUAUGCGCAGAACAUGCCAUCAAUUGUGAGGGUCUUCUGGAACCGUUCGCGAAAGAGGGAGUCGGAGACCGGAGAGACGUGUUCUUCUAUCAGGCGGACGACAACCAUUACAUCCCGCGGGCGGUGCUCUUGGAUUUGGAGCCGCGAGUGAUAAACACUAUAAAGAACGGCCCCUUCUCUAAGCUAUACAAUCACGAGAACAUCUAUCUGUCGAAAGGGGGCGGAGGCGCCGGAAACAACUGGGCGAAGGGCUACGGAUGUGGAGAGAAGCUCAGCGAAGAGGUGUUUGACAUCAUUGAACGCGAGGCCGAGGGCUCCGACUCUUUGGAGGGCUUUGUUUUGUGUCAUUCGAUUGCCGGCGGAACCGGUUCUGGGAUGGGAUCCUAUAUUCUCGAGCGCCUUAACGAUCACUUCCCCAAGAAGUUGAUCCAAACGUAUAGCGUGUUCCCCAACCAGGAGGAGGUGAGCGACGUUGUGGUCCAGCCCUACAACUCGCUGCUGACACUCAAACGUCUGGCACUGAAUGCCGAUUGUGUGGUUGUGUUGGACAAUACGGCUCUCAAUCGCAUUGCUGAGGAGGUGAGCGACGUUGUGGUCCAGCCCUACAACUCGCUGCUGACACUCAAACGUCUGGCACUGAAUGCCGAUUGUGUGGUUGUGUUGGACAAUACGGCUCUCAAUCGCAUUGCUGUCGAGCGCCUACACAUCGAGAACCCGACGUUCACUCAAAUCAAUUCAUUGGUGUCGACCAUAAUGUCGACCUCAACGGCAACCUUAAGAUACCCGUCGUAUAUGAACAACGAUCUGAUAGGACUGAUCGCACCAUUAAUACCGAUGCCUCGGCUCCACUUCCUAAUGACGGGA